AGUUCAGCAAUGUAAUGGGUUAACUUCCAUGAGGAACAGUGGAUGGGGAAGAGAUGUGGAUGGGGAGGAGCAUUGCACUGUCACUAAGCUGAAAUGAAACUGAAGUACACAGUGUAUUGUGUACAGUACCAAACUUUCUUCAGCUCUUCAGAUAAAUCUAUAUCUUUCUCACAGAAAGGACAGAGAUAUUAUCCACAAACACAUGCAGAUAUGGCAUCCUCCAGCAAUGUCCUGUCUAAAGAGCACUUCCUGUGCUCCAUCUGUCUGGAUGUGUUCACUGAGCCAGUCUCUAUUCAAUGUGGACACAACUUUUGCAUGGCCUGUAUCAGGAAGUACUGGGAUACCAAUGACCUGUGCCAGUGCCCCAUGUGUACAAAUACAUUUGAUAAAAGACCAGCUCUCUUUGUUAAUGCUUUCAUUUCUGAGAUGGCUGCUCAGUUCAGGAAGUCAGUUAAAAGGAAAGCUACCAGCAGCCCAGACCAAUGCCCUGCCAAACCUGGAGAAGUGUCCUGUGAUGUCUGCACUGAGAUGAAGCUCAAGGCACUGAAGUCCUGCCUGGUGUGUCUGACCUCUUACUGUGAGACUCACCUGGAGCCUCAUCAGAGAGUCGCAGCCUUAAGGAGACACAAGCUGAUCAAGCCUGUUGAGAACCUGGAAGACAGAAUUUGCAAGACACACAAGAGACUCCUGGAGGUGUUCUGUAGGAAUGACCAGAUGUGUGUUUGUGUCUUGUGCAUAAAAACAGACCACGAGACUCACCAUACUGUCCCUCUCGAGGAAGAGUUUGGAGAGAGGAAGGGUAAAUUGGAAAAAACACAGGCAAAAGUGCAACAGCAAAUCCAGGAGAAACUGGAGAAGGUUCAGGAGAUCAAACACUCAGUAGAGCUCAGCAAGAGAAACUCAGAGAGAGAGAUCACAGACAGUGCUCAGGUCUUCACUGUUCUGAUGCUCUCCAUUGAAAAGAACCAGGCUGAUCUCAUUGAGGUGAUUGAGAAGAAGCAGAACGCAGCAGAGAGGCAGGCUGAAGAACACAUUCAAGAGCUGGAGCAGGAAAUCACUGAGCUAAAGAGGAGAAGCACUGACCUGGAGCAGCUCUCACACACUGAGGAUCACCUCCAUCUAGUCCAGAGCUUUCCAUCCGUAUGCACCCCUCCACCCACCAAGGACUGGUCUGAGAUCAGUGUUCACAGUGAUCUCUGUGUGAUGAGUUUGAGGAGAGCGGUGUGUCAGUUGGGGGAGACACUGAAUAAAGAGAUUGAGAAGCUGCCUGAAAUCAAACUGAAGAGGAUUCAGCAGUAUGCAGUGGAUGUGUCUCUGGACCCUGAUACAGCACAUUGUAACCUCAUCCUGUCUGAGGAUCGGAAACAAGUAAGAUAUGGAGACACACGACAGAAUCUCCCUAAUAACCUAAAGAGGUUUGAUCCUGUCCUCAUUGUCUUGGGAAAGGAGGGAUUCUCCUCAGGGAGAUUUUACUACGAGGUAACUGUUACAGGGAAGACUGGAUGGAGUUUAGGAGUGGUAAGAGAGUCUAUAAACAGGAAAGCGAAUAUCACACUGUCCCCUGAUAGUGGAUGCUCGGCUGUGGUCCUGACCGAUAGAAGUAAGUACGGAGCUUGCGCCCCCAUCUUUACCCCCCUCUCCCUUAGAGAGAAGCCCCAGAAGGUGGGGGUGUUUGUGGAUUAUGAGGAGGGGCUGGUCUCCUUUUAUGAUGUGGAGGCCAUGUCUCAUAUCUACUCCUUCACUGGCUGCACCUUCACUGAAAAACUAUAUCCAUGCUUCAGCCCUGGUGUUAAUCAUGAUGGUAAAAACUCUGCCCCUCUGAUCAUCUCUCCUGUCAAUCACACAGACUGAGUUUGAACCUGAAAGUAAGUGACCUGUAAAAUUAGUACCUCAAUUAGAGUUCUCUUUUAUGAAACUCCAGGGAGAGUAUUUCACUGUAGAGUAUUACUGAUGUGCUUGUUGUCUGUUAUAGUCAGUAGUCCAUCUGUCAGUCUGUUAGACAUGAUGAGUACAGAAUGCAGCAGCUAUGUAACAGUUGACCUGUAUUACCAAUAUCUCAGGCUUAAAACACGGUAUGACUUCAUAUCUGGGAGAGAUUUCAGGGCAUGUUAUUUUUUAUCAGAUAAUAUCAGCACUACAUGUUUGUUUUACCUACACUCUUUAGAAAAAUAGUGCUAAGUAGAGCCAUACAGGUGUUUUCGGUUUGUAACCAUGGGGCAACCCUUUUUGGUGCUGGGUACAACCAUUUGCAGAGGGUUCUGUCUAUAACCCACUAUGUAGGGUUCUUCAAAUAACCCCCUCUCUAUGGUUGUACCUAGAACCCUCUAUGUAGGGUUCUACCAAGAACUACUAACAUCUAAAGGUUUUUCACAGAACUGCCAUGAAGGGUUCUACCGAGAAACCUUUUAUCUUUGGAGGGUUCUUCUUAGGACACUAUGAACGGUUCCACCAGCCUUAUUAGUCUUUAAAAUGUAAUUAUUUAUGACAAUGCAUUGCAUGUAUCAUAAGGCCUUUGUCUGAGGGCCUAGUUAUGCCAUAACACAUUGGUGUUAGGAAUCUCCUGGUUUACAGGCCACUUCAGGCCUGAUAGUCACAUUAUGCUGGCUUGCAAAGUGAUGUGUAAUUCCUAAAUCCAGCCAGCGUUCGGAUAUCCAACAAUUGGAAUUGUUAAUCACCCCCAACCUGCAUUCAGAAUGACUGCAGGGUAGGAAAGAUUGAAUACUGAGACAACGGCAAUCAUUUCAACUGGAACAACUAUCUCAGUAACGGGUGCAAUAAAUCCAAUUACCAACAGAUUGGAUUAGUUUAGAUAUUAUCUUUGUGUAGCAUACAAUUAAUCAACCAUUCAAUGUACAUGCAAAGACACAGAUAUUACAGUAAAACAAACCAUUCUGGAAAUCUUCCUGCAAUAGAGCAUGCUGGGAAAUAUUAUAUAUGGUUCUAUGUAGAACGCUUCUUGCUUUCCAAAGAAUCCGUUUUGCCUUCCAAAGAAUCAUCAAAGAACCAUUGUCUUCCAAAAAUCGUUCUUCUGAUCAAAAGAGUUCUUGGUAGAACCCUAUCCCUCCGUAAAGAACCUUUUUGGAAUCCUUUUUUCUAAGAGUGUAGGUAUUAUGCACACUGUAUAUCUCUGUUGAUCCUCAUUAGCUGUAAUGAACACUGAGUAACAUUGAGGAUUUUUCAAAUCCAGUUGAAAGGAUAGAAUUGGUAUUUGGUCUAGUACAGUCCCAGAGCUUUAGAAUAGUGAUGGCUAUUUAUGACAUCAGUUUGGAAUAGUAGACUUAUGUAACUGUGGGGAAAUAUGUGAUAUUGGGUUGUGUGUAAUGAAUGGUUUGUGUCUGACUCAUCAUUGUAUAUAAUUCUCAAAGAUAAUUUUUUACAAAAAAAUGUAAAUGUACAUGUACCUUGUCCGUCUGCCUUUCUGAACUGAUAAUAACACAACUCAUUGUGAAAAUAAAGGCAAAGAAUUAGUGAGUGAAUAAUGAAAACUAUCAAGAGAAACAUGACAGUGGACAGUCACCUUAACUUAAAUAAUGUAUUAUUGGCUUAAAUCUAAAUAAAAGAUAUCCACACUAUAAAAUGUAUAAUCUACAGGCAAUGGAAAACUUGCAUCUGAGAGAGUUUAGCCAUGUAAGGAGUUAACUGUUCCAGGAAGAGGGGAGGACCAUUUCAACAUCACUUUGCUGAAGGGGAUUGGGAGGAGCAUUACAAUGUCACUUUGCUGAAAUGAAACUUAAGUAUACAGUGUAUUGAGUACGGAAUAAACUCUCCCCAGCUCUUCAGAAAUAUCUAUUAAAUACACAGUCUACUAUCUCACAGAAAAUACAAAGAUAUUACCCACAAACGCAUGCAGAUAUGGCCACCUCCAGUAGUCUCCUGUGCUCUAUCUGUCUGGAUAUGGCCACCUCCAGUAGUCUCCUGUGCUCUCUGUCUGGAUAUGGCCACCUCCAGUAGUCUCCUGUGCUCUCUGUCUGGAUAUGGCCACCUCUAGUAGUCUCCUGUGCUCUAUCUGUCUGGAUGUACUGUAGUCACAGAGGAAGGCUGAAGAACUCAUUAAAGAGCUGGAGUAGGAAACCACUGAGCUAAAGAGAAGAAGCACUGAGCUGGAGCAGGUCUCACACACUGAGGACGACCUAAACCUCCUCCAGAGCUUCCCAUCCCUGUGCAGCCCUCCACUCACCAAGGACGGUGAUCUGUAUGUGGGGAUUGUGAGGAGAGCCGUGUCUCAGCUAGAAGAGACAGUCAUGAGUGAGAUGAAGAGGUUGUUUGAUGAUGAGCUGAAGAGGAUUCAGCAGUAUGCAGUGGAUGUUAUUCUGGACCCUGAUACAGCAAGCCCCUGGCUCAUUCUGUCUAAGAAUGGGAAAGAAGUGAGAACUGGAGAAAAAAAACAGAAGCUCCCUGAUAACCCAAAGAGGUUUGAUUCUGCCGUUAAUGUCUUGGGAAAGAAAGGCUUCUCCUCAGGGAGAUUCUACUAUGAGGUAACUGUUACAGGGAAGACUGAGUGGAAUUUAGGAGUGGCCAGAGAGUCUAUCAACAGAAAGGGGAGUGUCGCAUUAAGCCCUGAUAAUGGACGCUGGGCAGUGAUCCUGAGGGAUGGGAGUAAGUACAUAGCUUGUGCCCCGACCCGUGUCCACCUCUGCAUGAGAGAGAAGCCCCAGAAGGUGGGGGUGUUUGUGGAUUAUGAGGAGGGUCAGGUCUCAUUUUAUGAUGUGGAGGUCAGGUCUCAUAUCUACUCUUUCACUGGCUACACCUUCACUGAGAAACUAUAUCCAUACUUCAGCCCUUUGCUCAAUGAUGGUGGUAAAAACUCUGCCCCUCUGAUCAUCUCUCCUGUCAAUCACACAGACUGAGUUUGAACCUGAAAUUGACCUGAAACUGACCUGUAAAAUUAGUACCUCAAUUAGAGUUCACUCUUUCAUAAAACACCAGGGAGAAUAUUUCACAUUAGUUUAUUAACUGAUAUUUGUUAUUAUUAUUUGACUUCUAAAAGAACAAUCCUUUAUCUGAUCUUAACGGAGCAGUGGGCCGGCCACUCUUCAAUAUCACCUGGGCCAACACCUUCCCACUAAUGAGAUGACAAACCAGCACAGGUGUAACACAUACUGAGUAACGAGGGGACACCAAUCAGUGCGCCCCACGCGCCAACGUCCAACCUCUAAAUAUAAAAGGAAAAAGCAAAGCCUAUGAAUAACAUUGUCAGUCUGUUAGACAUGAGUACAGAAUGCAGCAGCUAUGUAACAGUUGACCUGUAUUACCAAUAUCUCAGGUUCACAACAAGGUAUGACUUCAUAUCUGGGAGAGAGAAUUCAGAGGUUGUUCUGAUUACUGUCCCCCAUGAUGAAAUCGGGGAGGGGACUUUGGCUCUGUCUCUGUCCGAAAGCACGUUUGUAUGUUUGUCACACGCGAUAUCUCAGACUGGAGGGCCUGUUUUUGAUGAAACUUGGUUGUAUGAUGUGUCUUGCUGUAGAGGUCUGGCAUUUUCUAAAUGACACAGACUGGCCAGGUGGAGGUACUAUAACAAGCAAUUGAAAAUGCACAUUUUGAAAGGUCACGCCCCUCAGUUUGUCCAAUAGACCAGUUUGUCCAAUAGUCAUGAAAUUCAGGACAUCGGUCCUCCUCUUCACAAGGAACACAUUUGCAGCAGGGAUCCAUAAGGUCCACCACGAUGGAUAUUCCACCAUUUAGAAUGAGGUGAAAAAACCCUUCAAACGCUUCUCCUCUGGCACUGAAGGACCGAUCUGCAAGAAACUUGAUAUGCGGCACCUGUGGACAAACGUCUCUCAACGCAAUAUGUUCCAGACUAGUACCUAAAACAACAUGGCCGUAAUGGCCAAUAAACGUUCAUGUGGUCCGAAACACAAAUCAGUCACAGAUAUUUGUAUUGUAACAAAUUUGGUACACAUGUUGAAAACACUGUCAACAAGACCCAACAUAUGCAGGAACAUUCAUAUCGACCACAAGGUGGCACUAUAACUGCCACAUGUUUUGUUAAUAUCAGCAUAGUCUCGUUUGAAUUUGCCGGGGGAAGGGGGGGGGGGGGGUCAUUGCAGGGGGACGAAAUGUUUAAUGCUGCAUUGUUUUAAUUCUGAUAAUAAUCGGCACUAUAUGUUUGUUUUACUUAGAUAUAUACAAUGCAUAUACUCUGUUGAUCCUCAAUAACUUUAAUGGUCACUGAGUAACAUUCAGGAUGUCUGGAUAAAUACAUUCAGUUGAAUAGUGAUACACUUGGUAUUCAGUCUAGCACAGCACCAGAGCUUUAGAAUAGUGAUACACUUGGUAUUCAGUCUAGCACAGCACCAGAGCUUUAGAAUAGUGAUACACUUGGUAUUCAGUCUAGCACAGCACCAGAGCUUUAGAAUAGUGAUACACUUGGUAUUCAGUCUAGCACAGCACCAGAGCUUUAGAAUAGUGAUACACUUGGUAUUCAGUCUAGCACAGCACCAGAGCUUUAGAAUAGUGAUACACUUGGUAUUCAGUCUAGCACAGCACCAGAGCUUUAGAAUAGUGAUACACUUGGUAUUCAGUCUAGCACAGCACCAGAGCUUUAGAAUAGUGAUACACUUGGUAUUCAGUCUAGCACAGCACCAGAGCUUUAGAAUAGUGAUACACUUGGUAUUCAGUCUAGCACAGCACCAGAGCUUUAGAAUAGUGAUACACUUGGUAUUCAGUCUAGCACAGCACCAGAGCUUUAGAAUAGUGAUACACUUGGUAUUCAGUCUAGCACAGCACCAGAGCUUUAGAAUAGUGAUACACUUGGUAUUCAGUCUAGCACAGCACCAGAGCUUUAGAAUAGUGAUACACUUGGUAUUCAGUCUAGCACAGCACCAGAGCUUUAGAAUAGUGAUACACUUGGUAUUCAGUCUAGCACAGCACCAGAGCUUUAGAAUAGUGAUACACUUGGUAUUCAGUCUAGCACAGCACCAGAGCUUUAGAAUAGUGAUGGGUAUUUAUGACAUCAGCCUUAUUCUAUGAAAUAUGAUUGAAUUGGAUGUCAUUUUCUUUAGAGGGGGGGGUAUAUUAUAUGGGGGUGUUUGUAAUCGUCUGUUUCUAUGGUUUUGAUGACUCAUUGUCACUGCAUUUCAACAUCACCUUGUCGAAAUAAAACAGUGUAUACAGUG